AUGGAAUCAGUUUUAUUUUACUUGCUUGAGAUAGAAGAUUCUAUUACUUUAUCAUGCAAUCUUGCAAAUAAAUAUGAUAGUAUACAACAAUGUCGCGCCAUAUUAGCUGCGGUUGGUUUUGGAAGUAGACUAUGCCAUCUAGAACAUUGGAUUAAUACGGAACGAUUACCAAAUAUGUCCCUAUGUGUAUUUAUCUUGGAACAAGCUAUGUCGGUUAGAGCAUUACAAGAAAGGGUCGUGGCUACUACCUCCGUUACUGGUAGUGGUAGCCAAGCUGGUAGGAGAACACUAUUAUAUGGUCAUGCAGUACUGCUACGCCAUACGAGUAGUAGAAAGUAUCUAUCUUGUUUGUCAUCAUGUUCGACUUCAGACAAAUUAGCUUUUGAUGUUGGUUUGGAACAGCAUUCUCAAGAUGAAUCAUGCUGGUGGACCAUCCACCCGGCGUCACAUCAUCGAUCCGAAGGAGAAAAAGUUCGACUUGGUGAUAACGUUAUUUUCGUUAAUGUAUAUUCCGAACGCUAUUUGUAUGUAUCGACAUCAUCCAAUGAUUUAACCGUACAAGCAUCAUUUCAACAAACUGUAUGGAUUGUAAAUCCUGUCAUGAGUGGUUGGGCGUUAACAAAAAGCCGAGGCUACUUGAACGGUGGCGAUGUCAUGCGCUUUAUACGCGGCGGUGAUGAAUAUUUAUCGAUACCUGAUGAUUAUAAGUGCGGCUCGGAAGAACAGCAUUGGUGGAGCAGCGCAUUUAUCCGAUGGGGACAACCAUUUCGAUUGCGUAACGUUAUAUCAGGCCAAUACAUCGGUAUGUCAGAUGAUAAGAAGCAUUUAUGUCUACUAACAUCUGAGGCAGCGAAAUCCGAAGAUUCAGCAUUAUUUUGUCUGCAACCUUCUCAGGAUAAUAUUUGUAUUUGGGACGAAAAAGAUGAAAUAAACCAAGGGAUGGGAAUACCAGAAAUAAAGUUUGGAGAUUCUCUUGUAUUCCUUAGACAUUAUAAAACCGGUUUAUGGGUCGGUCCUCAGACAACCCAUGGUCAGCGAAAGCAAGUUAUUAAAGAGCCAUUUCCUUUUAAUAUUAUCGCUAAUAAAAAAUCAUCCGACAUUAAGGUCCACCUCUUAGUCGAAGGACAUAUGGACAGUGCUCUCUCUGUGACUAGGGGGGAAACUGAAGAAAUUCGCACUGCUCACAUAAUCAAAGUUUGUUCUGAGCUUCUAUAUCAAUUUUUAAGUUCCUUAGGUACUGGUAAUUCCGAUGAUAAUAAUGAGUUAACAAUCAAACAUGAGACAGAGGAUGUUGAUCUCAAAGCUCUAGAAUAUAUAGUUUUUAUACUGAACGAUCUUCUUGGUUACUUUGCAUGGCAAAAAGAAAAUUUAGCUCAUGAAGUGAAGCAAAAACACAGGGUCGCAUUAAAAAAGCGCCAAGAAUUAUUUCAAAACGAGGGUGUUAUUUCCCUGGUUCUUGAUGUUAUUGGAAAAAUUUGUCGAGAUGGCGAUUCAAAGAUAACUUUUCAAGACGUUCAAAAUGACUCUAUGUGGUUCAAAAUUCACGAUCUAUUAUUUAAAUUAUUAGCUGCAAUGAUACGUGAGAACCAUACCAAUUGUACUAAAUUGGUAGAGGCCAUAUCAUUAGAUUGGCUACUGAAAAGGCUAGAAAGAGAACAUUACAUUGAUGGACUUUUACAAGUACUUUUAUGUAUUCUAACGGAAAGUUCGCAAUCAUUAAGUAGUGUGAAAGAGCAACAUAUAAAAUGUAUGAUCAAUCUAUUGGAUAAACACGGUCGCGAUAAUAGGAUUCUAGAUAUGCUAUCGAGGAUAUGCGUAUGUAAUGGCGUUGCUGUUCGUGCAAAUCAAAAUCUUAUUUGUGACAAUCUACUACCAAAGCAGAAGUUACUACUUCAAACAAAAUUAGUAGAUCAAAUAACUAGUGUAACUGCAAAUAUUUAUGUUGGCUUAUUCAAUGGUUCUGCCCAACAUUCUAAGUGGUAUUUUGAAGUUGCUGUUGACCAUGUUGAACCUCCAUCCCAAGAUUCGGUAUUAUGUGUUGCUAAUAAAGCUGCAUCUCCUAUCAGUCACUUACGAAUUGGUUGGAGAAAUAUUAAGGAAGUACAUCAUGCUGAAGCCGGUGAAAAUUGGAGUGGUGCUGGUAUAGGGGAUAGUAUAUUUUCAUAUGGUUUUGAUGGCGUCAACUUGUGGACGAACGGUCGAUAUCUAUCAGUUAAAAAUAAGCCGGUUUCCAAGGCUAAGCGUACAAUGAAGAAAAGUGGAAGUAUGUUUUGCUUCAUUGGCCAGGAAAAGUUAGGAUUGAAUCAUUCACUGAAUAUUGCUAAAGAUGACCUUGACGAUUCAAUGGAAAGCUCUAGUGUGGCAGAUUUUGACAGUGAAGAUAACUCUUACAAUGAUGUAGAUAACGAAUUGAACCAAUCUAUUCAAGAAGACAAAUUAAAUGAAGAAGCAGCGAAAACAGCACCUCACCAGUUUCGAAAUGGCGACGUUAUCGGAUGUUAUUUAGAUUUAGGCAAGCAGUCAAUGACUUUCAGCAUAAACGGGAAAUUGAUAACUGGUGAAUUUAGAGAUAUUUCUAUAGACAAACAACUUUUCUCGCCAGCUAUAAGUAUGUCCUCCACUGUUCGAUGCCGAUUACUGUUAGGAGGUGAUUACGGGGAAUUUAAUUAUAACUCAAGGCACUAUGCUCCCAUUUAUGAAGGCUUAGACUAUGGAGAAUCGGUUAGAGUACAAGAAUCUAUGGUUCUUGGCAACCCUUACCGCUAUGAAAUCAUCGGUCCGACAGCACAAACUGAACAUAGUGUAUUUAUUCCAGCUCCUAUCGAUACUACGGACGUAUCCUUACCCACUUAUUUAAACGAUCUUCGCGAUAAAUUAGCUAUUAACAUGCACGAUAUCUGGGCUAGAAAUAAAAUAGACGCUGGAUGGAAGUUUGGAAGGGACAGAAGUGAUACAUUGAAAGUGCAUCCUUGUUUGAGACCUUUUACUGAAUUAUCACAAGAAGAAAAAGAAUAUGACAUUAAAAUGGCUAUGGAAACGUUAAAAUCGUUGGUUGCAUUAGGCUAUGUUAUAAACGUUGUUGGAGAAGGUAAAAAUGUUACUAAAUAUCAACAUUUACCUGAUAGCAAAUACCUUUUAUCUAAUGGAUAUAAGCCCCACCCGUUAGACCUAGCUCAAAAGGAAAUUUUAAACGACCAUUUAGAAAAGGUAGUUGAAAUUUUAGCUAAAAAUGCUCAUGAAGUAUGGGCAAAAGAUCGUAUCCAACAGGGUUGGUCAUACGGACUUUCUAAAGAUGGAGAUAGAAAAAGAAAUCCUAUGUUAAUACCAUACGAAAAGCUUGAUGAACAGUCUAUGAAAUCUAAUCGCGAUACUGCCCGUGAAACUAUUAGAACCAUUAUUGGAUUUGGAUGUACCAUUGAUUCGCCUGCAGUCGAUCUGAAUGUUGAUUCAGCUAAAAGCUUGUCACGUCAAGUUACAGAUAGAGCCCAAAACGGCAGCAUGAGGACCUUUCGUGUUGAAAAGAUGUAUGCUGUUCGUAGAGGCAAAUGGUACUACGAAUUUCACGUUAAUAGUCCUGGUAUGAUGAGAGUUGGAUGGUGCUCUGAGUUCUUUGAAGCCGGAAAAGAAGUUGGUGGUAGUAGUAACUCAUAUAGUUAUGACGGAUUCUUAGCUCGAAAGUGGAAUCACGGUUCAGAAAGUUUUGGAAAGACUUGGAAUAAAGGUGAUAUCGUCGGAUGCUUGCUUGAUUUAGAUACUGGUAAAAUUAGCUUUACGUUGAAUGGUGAACUUUUGCAAGAUGGAAUGUCCUCAUACGCUUUUGAAGACAUCGAUGUUACCGUUGGAUAUCUACCUGCAUGUAGCUUGGCUGUUGGUCAAAGUGGUAGAAUUAAUUUUGGUCAUGAUCCAACUUCAUUUAAAUACUUCAACAUAUUUGGCUAUCAAGAGAACUAUGAUCCAUUUGGAAUUGUUACAUCUGAUAGUAUUCCGUUAUGGUUUGCUAGCGGUAUUGCUACAUUCGAAACAAUCAACGAUACUCACCCUACUGUUAAAGUUACUGAAUGGUUAAUGCAUACCCGAGAUCAUCCAACAUUGCGAGUUAAUAGUAAACCCUUGCGAAACUCCUCAGAUCAAAGUCAUAAGAAGUUCGAUUUAUUGCGCCUGAAUUAUCCAGUUAAUUUUACUGUACCAAUGGUCUCCAGUUCCCGUAGGAAAAAAUCCAAAUUUUUAGGAAAAUAUUGCUUUACAUUGCGUAUUUUUAAAGCACAAGAUCCGUACGAAAUAUAUGUAGGUUGGAUAUCAUCUAAACUACAUAACUACGGCAAUAGCUUUGGAGAUUAUUCUUCGAGAAAAGCGACUAUGAAGGGUUGGAAAAAACAAUCGGACAACUCGGAUGAUCAGCUAUCCUCGACUAAUACUGCUACCCAAGUGCAAAAACUGCACAAUGCCCUUCCAUCCUACUGGAGUGAUACAACUCGUGAGUGCUAUAUGGCCCGUGUUUCUGAUUUGAUUGCAGAGAGAGGGAAACGAAAGAUAAGUUCAGCCGUGUUAGGUGAUAUUUUAAUUGAUUGUUACGCCAAUGUUAAUACGGGUAAACUUGAUUUCGCAUUCAAUGGAUCUACCUGCCAAUUUACUCAUUUCGACGUUGAGGAAGGAGCCAAACUUUAUCCUGCAAUCUAUGUUCGUACUCCUAAUAAUGAUAAAAAUCUUUUUCAAAUUGAAUUUAGAAUUUCCAAAGACUGCCUUCCUGUAUGUUUUACUUCUAAUUCACAUAAAUUAUCACAAAAAAGCGAUGCUACUCAUCUAAUUAAGCGACCGGUAUUACAAGCUCUAAAAGCAAAUACUUGGUGUAGAAUGCAAACAAGCUCGCUAGUAACAGUCGAGAAAGCUUUGCGUCAUGGAUAUGAAAUUGAACGCGAAGAUCCAUCCUACAGUGUCAUGAUUAAUAUACCCGAGGAAAAUCGUUGUAUAAAUCUACAAGAAUUAAUUGAAAAAGAAAAGUUAAUGUAUUUUCACACCCACACACUAAAAUUAUACAGUGCCUUGUGUUCUCAUGGUAAUAUUUACGUUGCUGACAAAAUUCGUUACUACGUCGAUGAAUGGCAGUUGAUGUAUUGUAUUCAAUGUUUUGAUCUGCCUGAUGUUGUACGCGUUGGUUACUAUGAUUUAUUAGUAUCAUUACACUUAGAAGAACAUGCUAAAGCUAGAUUAUUAACUAGAGGAGAAUACAUCUUACCUCUUAAAGUGGAAAAAGCAACACCAAUAUCUUUUACGUCCAGUAAAAGUGAUAAUACAACAGUAAGUAACGGCUCUUAUUCCUUAUCCGCAGCUCCCCUACCCGGCACGGUUUUAAGCCCACAUAGGAAAUCUGGUCUUACGCACGAUGUUUCGUGCACAAUUGAAGGCGCACAAGCGCAGUCUUAUUCUAUUCAGCAUACUUCGUUAGAUAAACCUCUUUUUCCUUUAACACCACUUAAAAAGCAUGUCUUUAGAACUUUACAAUAUCAUAUGCAAGCCAUUAAUCGUAGUCGUAAAGAAACUCAUCGUGAAAGUCGUAGUCUAUUAUUGGUACCGUUACUCAAAGUCGCUGAUUGUUUGUUAGUUAUGGGAGUACUAGAUGAAAGCGACAUGGAGCUAUUGUUGUUACUCCUAGAUCCGCAAAAUUUCGGAUCGAAGAUGACUGUCUCUCAGGCAACCCUUGAAGUAGGGUUAUUAAGAAUGACUGACUUGGAUGAACCCGUUAAAUUGGAAUUAUGUCAGUUAUUGGAUCAUUUAUGUGAUUGCCAGCUACGUUAUAGAGUUGAAUCUUUGGUUGCAUACACUUCUAAUUUCGUCGAUGCUCUGCAAAAGGAGCAAAGACGUAGGCACAACGAAAUUAGAAAUAGUCAAUAUCCUGUUGCGGUAACUGCUAGAAAAACAAGAGAAUUUCGUAUUCCACCACGAACUCAACUUUUGAUGUUAUUGUCAUUUAAGACGCGUGAAACAGCGGAAAGUAAUCCUUGUAGUAAAGAUUUACAAGUCUCGUUAAGAAGCUAUCAUAAAGACGUUCUGAAACAUUGUGGUAAAGGAAAUGGAAUCAUUAAGACUACAGAAAGUGUCGCUGUAAUAGAUAGAUUAAAGAAAUCGUUAUGGUCUAGUAGCAAAUCGACUAAAAAUUUACAACUGACUAAUGCAAAUAGAGCGACAUUGCAAGAAAUUCUAGCUGAAGUCUUAAUAGCUUGGGGUAAACAAAGUAUUACAGAUGUUGCUUUGAUUAAAGCUAUAUUCCGUUUAUGGUUCAGAUUACAUGAUGGUAUGGCAGAACUUGCUGAAGCUAUUACAAAGACCUACACUAUCAAUGAUGUUGGAGGUGAUAAUGUAACAAAUCUUCUGAAAGCAUUAGGUUCAGUUAGGUCGCUCUUAACGGUCAGGAUGGGCGCGACUGAAGAGAUGCAAAUGACUAAUGGAUUGAAAGAACUAAUGAACAAUACGAUUUUCUUUCAGCAUCCUGAUUUAAUGCGUGUUUUAGGGGUACAUAAAACAGUUAUGGAGGUUAUGGUCAACGUUUUAGGUAAGGAAGUCGAAAAACAAAAAGGUUCGCAAUUUCAAUCUUGGGCAGGUGCUACUAUGGACCUUUCAGCAUCAACUUCUCCAAAACCAGAUGGACAAAGUGAGAUAACUAGAAAAUGCCUCUCUCCGGUUAUGGUAGCUGCAUGUUGUAAAUUUUUAUGCUUUUUUUGUCGUACCAGUCAACAAAAUCAGCGUGCUAUGUUCGAACAUAUGACUUAUUUAUUAUCUCACAGUGAUACCAGUGUUACAUGCACAAGCAUGGUAGGUGCAACACCUUUGGAUGUUGCCGCUGCAGCUAUGAAAGAUAAUUUAGAGCUUGUAUUGGCACUUCGUAAACAUCAUUUAGAGCGUGUAGUAUCGCUUUUAGCACUUACUGCUCCGAGUACAAAAAUACAGUCAAUAUCAGAUGCAGUUGAUAUGCUCACCUCUGGAUCUACGAAAGCGAGGUCGUCGUCGUUACUGAAUCGUUCCAAUACUUGGAGUAAUCGGAUGCUAAGAGCUAGACGAAAUAGAAUUAUUAGUAAGCUAGAAAUGAUGUUUGACGCAGGUUGGGAGCCUAAGGAAGGCGAAAGGUACCUUGAUUUUCUUCGUCAUGCCAUUUGGGUGGACAAUGAGUCUGUAGAAGAAAAUGCAUCAUUAGUUGUGCGCUUACUAAUACGACGACCUGAAUGCUUGGGUCCUGCUCUGGGUAGUGAAGGAAUGGGUAUCUGUCAAGCAUUCAGAGAAGCUAUUUCGUUGUCUCUUAGCACUGACGAUUCCGCUACAGUCAAUGGUAAAUCACGUUCAGAAGUUGGAACUCAAACUUUAUCGUUUUACUCUAAUCUGAUAGAUUUAGCUGCCAAAUGUUCAUCCGCUAAUCCUAUCGACUCGUAUGUGCCUUCUGAUAUACGUGUUAAAGCCAUUGCUGGUACGGACCAUAGAAAGGUGGCUCUUAAAACUCGAGAUCGAAUUAAAGCUAUACUUCAAAGUCUUAUUCCUUUACGUGAAAUCAUUGGCGUUCUCAGUUUGGAAUUUUCAUUGCCUGUGCCAAAUAAAGAUAAAAAUUGUAUGGAAUUGGAAACAAGAGGCUUGAUACCAUCACAUAAAAUCGCGAUGGUAACAUUUCUAGAUCGUGUUUAUGGUGUUGACAGUCAAGAGGUUCUAUUACGUUUGCUUAAUUAUGCAUUUUUACCUGAUUUAACUAAUUCAAUAAGUUUGGAUGAAGUUCCUUUAUCGACAGAAAUGAUAUCAGCUAUUAAUCGAUACAUAAGUGGUAGUGUUAUGCGUUUACUAACUAAUCACGCCCAUUUAUUCAAUGGUGCUGAUAGCCAGCCAGAAUUAAUGGCUAAGACUAUUGACGUGUGUUAUCGUUUAUCAAAAUGUUCAUUCUUAAAUGCCGCUGGUCAAGAUAGUGUCAAUGGAUUUCUACUUGCUUUUACAUGUGAAUUAAAGCCUAGUCUAAUGAUUAAAUCAUUGAGAAUAUUAGCGCACGAUAUGCCGGUUUUAAUCGAGGAAAAUUCUGUAGGUUUAUCUAUACUUGCUAGCCAUUUUGAGCGUUGCGGUAAAUACUAUAAUUCAUCCGGUGGUUGGUGUACCCUGGGUACCGCUUCAGCAGAAGAAAAAACGUUAACUAUGGUAUUGUUUACACAACUCUUAGGAGCAUUGUCAAAAGGCAGUUAUUCGAAAAAAUUAUUUUCUUGUGCUUUAUCAUGCUUGUUUAGUAGUGCAUGUUCACUAUCACCGGAUUACGUCCUUUCUCAACCAGGACAAACCAUUUCUCCGGCCGCAUCUUUACAUCGUAGCCUUAGUACCGACUUUGAGGAUAUUUAUAUACCGCAACCUGUUAAUACGGUUAAUGUAAUUUUAACAGAUGAAUUAAAACACUUAAUCCAUUCGUACGCAUGCAAUAAGCACGACAUUUGGGCACAUAAACAAUUUACGGAAGGUUGGUCCUUUGGUUUCGAAUCCGAUGAAUAUGAUAAAAAAGAUAGUUUACUCCUUCCAUAUAACUUGUUAAGUCAAAAGGACAAAUAUCAUUUAAAUAAAUAUAUGAAUGAUUGCCUCAGAACAAUUUUGGCCUCAGGCUGGAGUAUAACAAGUCAUGGAGAUAUCACGAAAGAAGAAUUAAUCCCUUACAGAAAGAGUGCCGUCAAUACAAAUGUAUCGCAAUCGCCACAUGGUUAUUGUCCAGCGCCACUUGACGUCUCUAGUAUCGAAUUAAGUGCUGAAACUGAAAAUAUAGCUGCAUUUUUAGCUGAUAAUGCCCAUCAAUUGAAACAAUUUGAGGCCUUAGAAGCAUCUGGCAAAGGAGCAGUUAUACUGAUACCUUAUCAUAUAUUACCUGAUGAAGAUAAAGAGCGAUACCUAAGCCAAACUCGAGACUUUCUUCGCUACAUGAAAUUAUUCAAAUUUGAAUGUACUCGUGCAGAUCGGUGUACAUCUAUAUUUGGUGAUACAUUAACUCAAUACUUUACAACGGAAAAGAGAUUUGCAUUUUGCCUACUACAAAGUAUCAUCGGUUAUACUAGACCUAUAGAAUAUGAACUAAAGCAGCGUAAAAGCCCAACCGAUCCAGUAGCUAACACCGACUUUUAUGCUAAAGUAUGCAUACCACUUGUACAGCAUUACUUUGAAAUACAUCAGUCGUAUUUUAUUGCCACAGAAAAUCAACAGCAGACUGUCUACGGUGCAGCAACUGCUAGAGAGAAAAAAAUGGUAGCAACAUUGUUUUAUAAAUUAGCCAUGAUUGCUAGAAAUGAUUGCAAUUUAUUCGGUUCUCCAGCAAUCGUAGUUGAUUGUAUUCAAGUUAUAGUAACCGUUCUAGACAUUGGAGCAUUAAUAUUUCAUGGGUUUCAAGAUUCAGUAUCUAAUCUGCAGAAAUUACUAUUGACAGCUGCAGAAGAUUUAAAUAAUGUGGUAAUAUCUUAUGAAUCAAAGCUUAUGCGAUAUAUUUUUGACGUACUUCUACCUAUUUUGUGUUCAUUAUUUCGACAAAUAUUUAAAUACGAUGUGAAUGGAAUUUUUUCUUACGACAAGGUGAAAACUGCAUGUUUCGGCAUAAUUAAUAGUUUAUAUCGACUUGGUUGUAAUGACAAGAUACGAGAUCAGAAACAUUUAGCUGAUAUUGGAAAUUGCCUGAAUUUAAUAUCGGCUUCAUUUACUAUGCCAUUCUUAGAAUUGAAUCAUACCACUGUUAAUUUAUCCUUAUUUGUUAGACCGAUUUCAUCAGACCCUUUCGAUAUAGACGUUUUAGCUGCUGAAAGCAAACAUUUAUCACACCACUAUAAUGAUAUUAACAUUGGUACAAAUCAUGGUGGUAACUUAGCAAAGUCAAGCAACGAGCAAUCCCAUAAUGACAAUAUAAGACUGUCGUUGUCAGAGAGCGAAAUUAGUAAUAGCUACGCAUUACCAACAAUAGACGAGAGCCCAGAAAUUCAAUCUCAUUCUAAUUUACCGCAUUUAAAUGAAUUACUAAAUAUGGUUGAUGAUUACGUUUAUUCGAAUUGUGGAUUCAAAAAAUCGUCUUAUAUUACUGAUGUUAUAUUGCCAAUGUUAUGUAGUUAUAUAUCGCAUUGGAUUUGUAUAAAUGGACGUAACAGAUAUACGAAUUCGACAACCACUACCGAUGAAGGUAGCAAAGUCAACGAGAAUUAUGCUAAUUUCCUGCUAGGUCACAUCCUGCGUAUUAUUAAUACGAAUUUUGUAACACACGAUAUUCCAACGAUAUAUCGUAUAGGUGAUUACGCUUUACCUUUAAUCAAACACUGUUCAGCGUCAUUACUAGAUACCCAUUUCUUGCCAGUAACUAAAAAAUUAACUGAUUUUGCAAUCGAUCUAUAUCGACGCGAAGAUAGAUUAACCAAAGUGGCUGAUUAUGAUGCUCAAGAUGAGGUUGAUGUUAUGGAAGAUUAUAUCAAGUUAGCUCAAAAUGUAAGAACAUUUUAUCCAAUGUUAAUUAAAUUAACAGAUAGGCAUAAGCAAACAUGGAUAACUGGAUGCAAUAAGACUGGUGAAGAAUUGUUUCGAUAUGUUGCUGAUAUGUUCAGUUGUUGGCAUCUGUCUCAAAAUUUUCGUCGUGAAGAGCAAAUAUACAAUUCAAGUACUAUGGGUAAAAGUAAUAGUGAUUUAAUAACUCAACUGAAUGAAAGCGUAUUUCAAACAUUUCAAAAAGUCGGCCGAAGCAGAUUUACAUCUUAUAAUUUAUUUCAAGAGAGCAGUAACGGCAAUCAAAGCAACAGUAGCUUAGUUAUCGUUUGUGUAAGAAAACUGUUAGCUGUUGGUCUUAACUUUAUUAAUUUAGCACAAAGACAAUUAAUGCAUGAAGCUAAGUCAAAAUUAAUACAGAAAGAAACAGACAGCGAUGUGUUGUUUUAUGUAAUAAAUAAGGUGCGUAAGAUGGGAGAUGAAUCAAGAUGGGCUAAGCGGAUUGUAACAUCAUCGGCUGCGUUAAUAUUGGGAUUAUCAUUUGAUGACGUUCAAAAAGAGCUUGCUUUAAAAAUAAUGGAAUAUUCUCGUGUACUGCAUCGGUUACAUAUUGUGGAUAAUCCACAAAAAACAAUCACCAAGUCAUGGAAAAAAAUCUUAUCGCAACAACGCAAACGAGCAAUUAUGAAAUGCUUUACUAGAGUGCCAUUGUAUAAUCUGCCUAAAUAUCGAGCUGUUAAUGUUUUUAUUGAUGUUUAUCGUGAGCUAUGGCUAAGUGGUGAAAAGUGUGAUGGCAACGCUUUAGUUGAGACUUUAACAAGUAUAAAAGUAGAUGAGGACAACCCUUUAGAGUCCGAUCCAUUGUCGCAAUUGGUAUUAACGAUUUGUCGUGAUGCUAGCAAUCACGAAGGUGACUUUAACGCUGAUAGCGAAUUGUAUAAAAUUUACGCCGAUAUCAUGAGUGAGAGUUGUAUCAAAUUCAGUGAAGAGGAUGACGAUGAUGAUGUUGAAGAUGGAUCAGCGUCAACAUUUGAAGAAAGUGAAAGAGCUAAACGACGAUUAGAUCAGCAGCAAAGUAGACUUGCCGAGCGCAAUGCAGCACAAAUGGUAUUAAUACUAUUAACUGAAAGUAAUGGUGUUGUAAGCCCUACUAUACUUAGUAUCUUACGGUUAGGGAUAUCUUUACUUCGAGGUGGUAAUCAAAAUGUACAAGAAAUCAUGUUAAAAUAUUUGCAAUCGACACGAAAUGUCAAUUUCUUUACAAGUUUAGCUAAAUUGACUACAUCUUGUAGUGUUCUCGAUUUGGAUACAUAUGAGCGUAGCGCUAAAGCUGAAAUACUAGGCUUAGGAUUUAGUGAUGUAGCUGCGGGUAGUGCUAUCCAUAAUAUCGAAUUUAUUUGUUCAUUAUUUCGAUUUCUACAAUUAUUGUGCGAGGGUCAUAAUCUGAAAUUUCAAGAUUAUUUGCGAACGCAGGCUGGAAAUACAACUACAGUGAAUAUCAUAGUUUGCACCGUUGAUUAUUUAUUGCGCUUACAAGAAUCUAUUAGUGACUUCUAUUGGCAUUACUCGAGUAAAGAAAUUAUUGAUAUACAAGGAAGAGAAAAUUUUAGUAAAGCUAUUCGUGUAGCCAAACAGGUAUUUCGGACAUUAACUGAAUAUAUACAAGGUCCAUGUGUGGCUAAUCAAUUCACUAUGUCAAAUAGUCGAUUAUGGGAUGCUGUAGGCGGUUUUUGGCAUGUGUUUGCAUGUUUGCAAAUGAAGCUAUCUAAAGAGACUUGCCAUCUAGAAUUAUUGCGCGAAUUGCUAAAAUUGCAUUCUGAGAUGGUGAUCAUGUUAUUGAGUAUGUUAGAAGGUAGUAAUGCUAAUUCGGGCUCAAUUGCUAAACAAUUAAUGGAAACGAUCAUAGAUUCAUCUGAAUACAUCGAAAUGAUAUUAAAAUUUUUCAACAUGUUUUUAAAAUUAAAUGAUUUGGGUAGUUCUAAAUCCUUCAAAGAAUUUGAUAUAGAUGGAGAUGGAUGGAUAUCCCCAAGUGAAUUUCAAAAAGCUAUGGAACAACAUAAAAUUUAUUCAUCAACUGAGAUUGAUUAUUUACUAAAAUGCGCAGAUACCAAUCAUGAUGGCAAAUUAGAUUAUAUGGAAUUUACUGAAAGAUUUCAAAGGCCUGCUCAAGAAAUUGGUUUCAAUCUAGCCGUUUUAAUUGCAAAUCUAACUGACCAUGUUCCUGAUGAUCCAAGGUUAGCCCACCUGGAAGACCUGAUCUCAGGAAUUAUGACUUAUUUUGAAUCAAGUCUGGGGAGGAUUGAAAUCUUAGGUCCGAGUCAAAGAAUUGAAAGAGUGUAUUUCGAAAUUAAAACGGAACAUAUUGAUCAAUGGCAGAAACCACAAAUACAAGAUUCGAAACGGACAUUCUUACGUGACGUAGUGACUAAUGGCAAUGCGGAUAAAGAGAAACUUGAAAACUUCGUUGGCUUUUGCGAAGAUACUAUUUUUGAGAUGCAAUACGGUGCUAGAAUUAGUGGAACCGCUAAAGCUGAACAGAUUCAACGUGCAUUGGAAAAGCGAGAAAGGGAUUUUGAUGUUCCAUCACCAAAACCUUUUCUAUCGUCAAUACGGAAAAAACUAAGUUGGAAAACCAUAAAAAAUUCCGUUUCUCCUCUAGCCUUUUUAAAAUUAAUGCUUUUUUGCGUGAUCUUACCUAUAAGCUUUUCAGCUCGAUUUCUUAUGCUUUUAUGGAUUUGGAUCAAUCACACAUUAAAUUUUAGUAAUUUAGCUAAGAAAGAUACUAAAGCUAGCCGUGUGGAAUUUAUAUUCCCUCAUCUACAAAAAUUUAAAAGCCUUUUUAGCUUUACUGAUGUUCGAAAAAGAAGCAAAGCGAUCAGUUUUCUUUUAACUCAUUUAGCCAAUUUUACUAUCAAAUCGUUCAGUAAUAUAAUGGGUAGUAGUAGUGAAAAUGUAAUGAUUGAAUUUGAUUGGGAUAACGAGGAAGAUGGUGAAGGCAAACAUUCUUAUAAACCGAAAAUAGCAGCAGCGAAACAAACGAUUUUGUCUUUAUUUGCAAGAAGCUACUACGCAUCGAGAAUAAUUGCUCUAUUAAUAGCUUUUGGAAUUAAUAUUAUCUUGCUAUUUUGUAAAGUCACACCUGUUACUGAAAAGAAUGAAACUUUGUCAUCUUUGGGCAACAGUAUUAUUUUGGAUAGUAGCAAUAACUACCUAGAUUUGGCAUUAAUCAUACUACCAAUUUUGCAUCUUCUUGCAUCCAUUGCAACACUAAUUGCUUAUUGGAAUUUAAAGGUUCCAUUGGCCAUAUUUAAAAGAGAAAAAGAAAUUGCUCGAAAGUUAGAAUUUGAUGGUUACUGGGUAACAAAGUCUCGUAGUCAGGAUUAUCGCGAUUGGUGGGAUGGUAUAGUCAUUAAUUGCGGAUCAUUUCCGUCAAUGUAUUGGGAUAAGUUUAUAAAACGCAAAGUACGAGAUAAAUAUAGUGAACACGAUAAUGAUUACCAUCGUAUAACACAAAUAUUGAAUAUUGAAGACGACGAGAACGCUUCUGAAAAGGGGCGGAUACAGAAGAUGGCUGAAUUAUUGGAUUUAAAAUACUGGAUAUGGAGGAUUGGAGUAAUAUGUACUGACAGGAAUUUUAUCUAUCUACUCUUUUACUUGCUGUUUUCCUUACUUGGAAAUUGUUUGAAUAAUUUCUUCUUCGCCGUGCACUUGAUCGACUUUGGCUUCGGUAAUAAAACUCUGAGUACCGUAUUGCAAUCUGUUACUCAUCACGGCCGGCAGCUAAUAAUGACGCUGUUAAUGAUGGCUGUGGUGAUUUAUAUUUACGCUGUGGUAGCAUUUAACUUCUUCCGCCAGUACUACAGUAGAGAAAUUAGAGGCAGACCAGAGUACAAAUGUGAUCACAUGUUUACGUGUUUUAUGUUUCAUCUCAAUUCUGGUCUACGAUCUGGCGGUGGAAUUGGUGAUACGAUCGAUCCUGCUGAUGGUGACUUAUACGAAUAUGAAAGAAUCGCUUUUGAUUUUACCUUCUUCUUCUUUGUAAUCGUUAUUCUAUUAGCUAUUGUGCAAGGUUUAAUUAUUGAUGCUUUUGGCGAACUUCGUGAUAAACAAGAAUCUGUCAAAGAAGACCUAGAGAAUAAAUGUUUCAUUUGUGGAAUCGGAAAAGAACACUUUGACAAAGUACCACAUGGGUUUGAUAUUCAUGUAGAGAAAGAGCACAAUCUCGCUAACUAUAUGUUUUUUUUGUUACACUUGAUUGAAAAACCCGAAACGGAAUAUACUGGGCAGGAAUCUUAUGUAUGGGGUUUAUAUCAACAGAGAAGAUGGGAAUUUUUCCCCGUUGGUGACUGUUUUAGAGAUCAGUACCAACGAGAACAGCAACUUCUUGUAAAUAAUACGUAA